AUGAGACGCUACGUGUUCAUAGGGGCCGUCAUGGGGCUGUGCUUCUUGGCCGUUGCGGAAAGUGAAACAACAAAAUCCUCUACAGAAACAAUAAAUACAACCACAGAGCAAUCAACCCCAACCAUGCUUAAAACAAGCACCGGGCCACAAACAAUUGCUUCAACUAACACAGAGGUACCAAGAACUACGGUGUUACCAACAUCUAUAGAUCAACAUACAACGGUGUCACCAUCAACCACGGAACCGCCAACAGAGCCAGCAAUAACCACAGAACCACCAACAACUACAGAACCGCCAACGAUGCCACCAACAACCACAGAACCGCCGACAAUGCCACCAACAACCACAGAACCGCCAACAGAGUCACCAACAACCACAGAGCCACCAGAACCGCCGACAGAGCCACCAACAACCACAGAACAGCCAACUGAGCCACCAACAACCAUAGAACCACCAACAGAGCCACCAACAACCACAGAACCGCCAACAGAACCACCAACAGAGCCACCAACAACCACAGAACCGCCGACAGAGCACCACAACCAUAGAACCGCCAGACCACCAACAACACAAACCGCCGACAGAACCACCACCAACCACAGAACCGCCAACUGA